AUGUAUCAAAUGGAAACCGGAAAUGUGGCCGGAGUUGCGUUGUCGGAAACGAGAACCAAAAGUCCGGACGGGGUCGUGACGUCGGACAAUCCUGAGACAAAGCAGAAUCAAGUUGACAUCCGGGCCACUUCAUGGGAAAUGUGCUGUCUGACGUCAAUGCUACCUUUUGCCAUAUACUACGGCUUUGUUAACAUAACGACGUCAGCGCUGGCAGUGUACCUGGUGUCACAGACCACCACGAUAGAGAAGCAGUUUGGGUUGAGCAGCUCACAGAUUGGUGUACUGCUCGGCAUGAACGACGUCGGCUACCUUACCAUGGUGAUAUUCGCAUCCUACUUCGGUCGAAAUUCCCACAUUCCGAGAGUUCUGUCCGUUUGCUGCUGUCUGUACGGCGUGUCUGCGCUAAUCUGUGCUGCCCCUCACUUUAUAACCAAUUAUUCUCUCGACUCCCUUAGCAGUUUAAACGCGUCGACGAAUUUUUCCUCUACCGAUGAAGGACGACUAUGUUCGACAUCAAGUUUACCUCCAGACACAGGAGAGUGCACUAGUGACCAGAAAAACUUCUACUCAGGCGCUAAGACGGUUGCCAUAGCACUGAUAUCUUCCGGCAUGCUCCUACAAGGCAUGACAAAAGCUCCAAGUUUCCCUCUUCUGGGAACCUAUAUAGACGACAACGUUCCAAAAACCAAAUCAGGAUUCUAUAUUGGUAUUGUCAAUACUGUGGGAAUAAUCGGGCCGGCUGUAUCAUUUGGCUUAGGAGGAGUUAUCAGUCGUUUAUACGUUACCUUGGAAGAGACGACCUUGACCCCUCGUGACCCUCGCUGGAUUGGGGCUUGGUGGCUUGGCUUUCUCGUGGUUGGAAGUCUGGCUAUUGCCUUGUCGCUUCCGAUCUGUCUGUUCCCGCGGAAACUGGCAAAUGCUCCCCAAGAGAACAACCCCGGCACUUCACCCUCUGGAGAACAUAGACAGGGGAGCCUUACCCAGAGAGCCGCAUUGUCUAUAAAAGGAAUCCUCCCAGCAAUGUUAUGCCUGGCCAAAAAUCCAGUCUACGUUCUCUUUACAAUUGGAACGUCCAUUCGAGCUUUUGUACUCUAUUCAGAGGUCGCCUUUGGACCGAAAUAUAUGCAGAUUUACUAUGGAUUGUCUAUAUUUAAAUCCAACAUAAUAGUCGGAUUUGGGGCUGUGGGAUUUGGAGCAGCGUCUACAUUUCUGAGCGGGGUUCUCACUCGGAAGCUAAAACUGGGUUUAGGUGGAUGCUUGAAGGCCGUGUGCAUCACUCAGGGUGUCGACUGCCUGCUCCUCGCUAUCGGAGUAGUCCUGGUUUGUCCCCAGGGCGAAAUACAACAGUUCGACAUUAACAACCAAUCAUAUCCUUUCACGGUAUUUUCUACCGGAAACUCAUCUCCCUGUUACGCCGGAUGUCACUGUGACGCAGCAAAAUUCUUCCCGAUCUGUGGUGCUGACGGCGCCAACUACAUUUCACCUUGUCACGCGGGUUGUAUGGACAAAGGGCCCAAGGGAUACAUGGAUUGCCUGUGUAUAUCAAACGCCACAGCCGAUCCUCUUAACCACCAGGCUGUAGAUGCCACGCCGGGCCUCUGUGAGUCAGAAUGUUCGCUACACAAUGUGUUCACAGUUCUUCUGUUUCUAACAACUUUUGUGAGCGGAUCAGGUGCCAUUCCCACUGUCAUGGUGCCAAUCAGGGCAACGGAGAGUAAGGACAAAUCCCUGGCUAUUGGAAUCUCGGCCUUCUUCAGGGCUAUAAUCGGUUUUCUGAUUGCUCCAAUCAUCAUUGGUUACAUCAUCGACACCUCGUGCAGGCUAUGGAAUACUUCAUGUUCACGCGCGGGCUCGUGCGACCUCUAUGACGUCAUGGAUUACCGUUUAAAAUACCAUGGUCUGAGCGCGGGGGGAGGUGUUGUGUAUAUGCUGUUCUACGUUUUGACGUAUGUGAGUUUCGUGCGAGGUGGUGGAGAGAAAGCUUUUGGUGAAAAAAUCCAAAGGAGCGAGUAG